ACAACCAAUUUGGAGGGAGAAAAGGGGAGAGAGAGAGAGAGAGAGACUGUGUUUAUUGUGGCAUAAAUAAAGCAAUUUCUGAGUGGCAAAAAGUGUUGAUAACAUAGAGAGAUAUGGUUGUGACUCUCAGAGGAGGGAGGGAGAGAGAGAGAAUGGAACUGCGAUUCUGAUAUAAUCUCUCUCUGUCUCCACCGUAUCAUCUUCGUGCCUCGUGCUCAUGUAGAAGAAACAAGUACCGACUCAGACAAUACAGAUCUCUCACCAACCUAUGAUGGAUGGUUCAAACUUAAGAGUAAGUUUGACAUUUUGAGCUACAACAAAUUAAAGAAGAAAAAAAAAAAAAAAGCGCACAGAUAACAAGGACAACACAGAAUGGGCGAUUCAUGCUUGAAUAUGGGAACUUUGGCACUUGAAUGUGAGACAGUAAGCUCAGAUAUUUAUCUAGCUUUGGGGCUUAAAGAAUUGUGCAAGGAAAAUCCAGGAAUACCCCGAGUUCUGUCACUUAUUUCUACCCUUUUUGAGAGAUCUGUUCAAAAGAAUGAAAUGUUAUUGGAGACGAGACAAAUCAAAGAUGUUCUUACAAUAUUUCAUGGUUCAAGAGCACCUUCUCUGGGCAUUCGACAAUAUAUUGAUCGCAUCUUCAAAUACUCGUGCUGCAGCCCUUCUUGCUUUGUUGUUGCUCGGAUUUAUGUGGAUAGAUACAUUCAACGCGCAAAUAUUCACCUAACUUCCCUCAAUGUUCACCGGCUUCUAAUAACAAGUGUAAUGGUAGCGGCAAAAUUUAUUGAUGAUGCGUUCUUUAAUAAUGCAUACUAUGCAAAAGUGGGAGGAGUAAGCACAUCAGAGCUGAACAGAUUGGAGAUGAAGUUCUUGUUUGGUCUAGAUUUCCAACUUUAUGUAAGCGUUCCAGCGUUUGGGAAGUACUGCUCACAGCUGGAGAAGGAAGCCGGUGGAGGCCUCGAGAUUGAAUGGCCAAUCCUGGCUUGCGGAAUCAAAGAGAGCUGGUCAGCCAAAGAUGAUUCAACCUGCACUUCAACAAUUGCUAGAUAAAAAUUAGGAAGAAAUUUAAAUGUAACAUUACAAAUUCUCAAUCCACGACACGUGUCAAGUUAGAAAAUGGUUGUUGAAUUGGUAAGUUAGAGUUUCGCUGGGAUGAUUAUUAGAGAAACCAGAAUGUUUUUUGUGUCUUAUAAUAGUGUAUAGGUUAGGUUGGUCUGAAUUUAUCUGCUUCCUUUCUGAUUGAUUGUACGUCUUCAAAGUUCUUCAAAAUCGUCUGUUGAUUUUUACCCCCAUGAAGUUUGGGUCAUCCUUAGACAAAGUGCCUGUAUACAAAAGGUGUGUAUGCUUAAGAAAAGAAGUUCUGUUCACUGUUUCC